CCCAGCCUGCCUGCCAGCCCCAGCGGGGAGACUUCCGUACUGCACGCGCCUACCUGCCUCACGUGUAGCGGCGUCACGAGAUCGUCAGCACUGAUCACUGGAGCUUUCAGGACACCGGGGCUCCUUCUUAUUCACCGCACCGUACUCCUGCUCGCUCUACGUAACGUUUAGCAGCCAUGGCGAGUAAAGAGGAGAAGAUUGACCUGAUCCUCAGACCAUUCCGGUACGACAAUGACACCCUGCAAGACAUCUUGGGAAGGCUCCACAAGGAGAUGGAGAAGGGGCUGAAAAAGGAAACCAACCCAGACGCUACUGUCAAAAUGCUGGCUACGUAUGUACGGGCUGUACCGGAUGGGACAGAAUCAGGAGAUUUCCUCGCCCUGGAUCUUGGUGGAAGUAACUUCCGUGUGCUGCAUGUCCACAUUGAGAAGGGGGCCAAAGACGUUCGUCUACAGAGCGACUCCUACGCCAUUCCAGAAAGCAUCAUGACUGGCUCCGGAGAGCAGCUCUUUGACUACAUAGCUGACUGCAUGGCUAAGUUCUUGGAGAAGAUCGGGAUGAAGGAGAAGAAGAUGGCACUUGGGUUCACCUUCUCCUUCCCCUGUAAACAACGGGGGCUGGACUGUGCCUCCCUGAUCAAGUGGACCAAAGGCUUCAGCGCUGCGGGCGUGGAGGGGGAAGACGUGGUGCGUCUGCUCCGGGAUGCCAUCAAGAGGCGUGGGGAUUUUGACACAGAUGUAGUUGCUGUGGUGAAUGACACAGUGGGGACCAUGAUGGCAUGUGGACUGGCCGACCAUGACUGUCUCAUAGGGCUCAUUGUGGGUACUGGCAGUAAUGCCUGCUACAUGGAGAAACUGGACAACGUGGAGAUCUGGGAGGGAGAGCGGGGAGAGCCCAACCAGGUGGUGGUCAACAUGGAGUGGGGAGCGUUCGGAGAGGAUGGGGCGCUCGAUGACCUACGCACUCCGUACGACAGAGAGAUUGACGAACACUCCAUCAACAGGGGCCAACAGAUCUAUGAGAAGAUGAUCAGUGGCAUGUACAUGGGAGAGCUGGUGCGACUUGUGCUGCUGGAGAUGACCAAACAGAUGCUGGUGUUCGGCGGUCGCACCUCGACAGACCUGGAGACACGGGGAACGUUUCAAACCAAAUACGUCUCAGAGAUUGAAGAGUAUACAUCUCUGAGGGAACCCAUUGGAGACAAGAAUCCAACAAUGAAAAUCCUGCAUAGCCUGGGUCUGAAGCACGCUACUGAGACGGACUGCGAGACCGUGAAGGAAGUCUGCCGCGCCGUGUCAACCCGCGCUGCCCACCUGGUGUCUGCUGGCAUUUCUGCUAUUGUCAACAAGAUGGGCAGGGAGAGGGUAGCAGUUGGUGUUGACGGCUCAGUCUACAAGUAUCACCCCCAUUUCAAGGAGCUCAUGACACAGACCAUCGACAAGCUGACCCACUGUGACGUCAAGCUGAUGUUGUCGGAGGACGGCAGUGGGAAGGGAGCGGCGCUCGUCACAGCUGUGGCCUGUCGUCUGGCCGGGAAAUCUUGAAGCUGUUCGUCUUCUUUUUUUUUUAAGUCACGUCACACAAAUUUUUCAGUUUCACCUUAUAAGUAACAAGAAAUCAAUAGAAUAUAUCAUGAUCUGAAUGAUAAGGUGAGGAAGGCAUGGUGAAUAUCAUAGCCAAGUAUCAAUGCAAUUCUGGGGCAUUAUAAGGUAUUUCUUGUAGCAGUGUUUCAAGAUAUAUGUGAUAUAAAAGAGCUAUCUAAAAUUCAUACAUUUAUCAUGCAUUUAUGGGCUUGGGGCAAUCUGAACAAACAUUUUGAUACUUGUUUGCUUUCCCAGAGAAAGGAUUUAGAGGGACUUUGACAACAAACUAGUUUCAGAGUUUGUGAAGAAACCUCCAUGUGCCUUUACAUUAUGAUCUUAAAAGUGGCUUGUAUAGAUAUCUUUAGAGGUGAAUAUUUUGCUACCUUAAAACUAGUCUGAAAAUUGUAUGGUGAAGUUUGCCAGCUACAUUUACAUGUACUUGAUUCAAGUGGCAGAAAAAUGUCACUAUUUUUUGUGCCAUGACUUAACAAUGCAACUGUCAAAUGACCUCGUUCACAAAAUUAUAUUGUGACUUCUAUGUACACUACAGUGUUUAUGUACCAGGUUCGAACAGCAUUUUAGGACUGAUGCAUCAAUUGGUGAAGUUUACCAUCAUUCCAAAGUAAUAGGGACCAGUAACAGAAAUAUCCAUCCUUACUCUUCCAAUAUUGGCCAAUUUCUUGUAAAAGAAGUUAAUGUUCCUCUAGCAGUUUUUCAGUGGGAAUGAAUGCAGUCAAAUCUACAUUGAUCAUUAUCUAAGUAAAAAUAGUCAUAAAAGUUUGGCUUCAACCCAACUUGUAUUACAAUCAUUAUGUUGGAUUCUUCACUUCAGACAGUGCCUGAUAGACAUGGUUACUAUGUACAUGUAGCUUGUCAAUUAAAACUGCUGCCAAUCAGAUCAACACUUUUCACCUCAUCAUCAGCCCACAGCAAGUGUCAAACAUAUGAGAACCGGUAUUUUACAUUUUUGCAUAAACCCUAUUUGUAACAUUGCAGCAACCAAUUUAUGUACAUGGAAAGUACAAAUGUAUAAUCAGAGUACAUGUAUUUGACACAAAUGAAGCUUAGGUAUAUAUGGAUGCUUAGGUACAUACCAGGGGUAUAGAUGCUUAGAACAUAUAAAAACACAAUAAACUCAAAAGAGGCAUUAAGUUUCUUGCAGAUUUAUUUCACAGUGACACGUUAGCUACAAUAGCUGCACAUCAUGGUCAUGUAUACAGGCCAUCAUUCCAGGAGGAAAACAAACAGUAUUACUUCUUGUAAAGUCUGUGGUGAUAAAAAGUCUUUUGUUUGUCAACUUGUAGACAACUUAAGAAAGCCUGGUAUAGUCCUUCAGUCCAUCCUGGGUCUUUGGUCAUACAGAUCUGAUCAAGCUGGUAUCAUCCAACAAAACUGAUAGCACCUCGCUCUGAAAGGUAAUACAUGGAUGUGACCAGUAAGACUCCUGUGUCUGUCAUACUACAUUACACAAAAAAAAUUGCUCGCUGUCCAUAAAUCUUGUGAGAAGUUGACACCAUCCUCUUUCGCAACUACGUACUUGGUGUAAAAUUGUCAAAAAAAUGAACACGAUAAAAAAAGACAACUCAAGAAAGUUAAAGCUUUGAGCUAGUUGUUCUGUUAAAAACUUAUCACUUUAAUUAGCUUCGCAGAAUUCAGUAUUCACAAAUUAUACAUGUAAUUUUACACCUCUCUUGGGCUGGGUGAACCUAUAGAGCCCAAGAGAGUGUGCCAGUUAACCAUUUGGCACAUUGCCACUAUGACCUCUGACUACAAGCACUUGUCAUCCCUCUUGUUAGUGCAAUGUUAGAAUCCAGAUUUAUACUUGAAAUGCAUUGUGAAGAGGGCUGUAGUGGUCAGAGGUCAUAGAUCGUAAGAUUAGCAAGGCUCUCUCAGUGGUGCUUACUACACAAUACUACCAGCUGCAACAACCAACCAGUCGUAGGUCUUGACUCGCUAAUGUUCUCCAAUCAGAGAUGUCGACAGGCAACACAGAAACAUCUCAUUUUGACAUGUUUAAAGAUUCGUCGAAAGGUAAGGUAAAAUCUUAACUACAGUCAUGCCCCUAGGCUACACUAUGACAUGAUUGAAAGUACUAUGCAUUACUAUGUCUUCUAUUGUUCAUGCAUCAUCUCCACUCACACAUACACAGCACUAACUACAGAUCCACAUAUUCAAUCCCAAAUUUUUAGUCACGAGUACUAAGGUGCAAUUUCUGUUGAUGCACUCAACAGAACCUGACACAACAUGUGCUGUUUUAUGUGUUUGGUGCACACUUUGGCAGAGGUACAUCAUUUGAAACAAAAAAGAAAUGCAAAAGCAGUGGGUUAAAACAUAUCACAGCUGCAUGGCUAAAAGUGUUCAUCAACCUAUUCUCGACACUCGGGGAUUUACAUUGCACAACCUACAUACAUACAAUUAAGUUGGUGGUCAUUUUACUCUACCAUUGCCAUGUAGAACUUCAACAUUUGUUUCUCAAAAAAAGGAGUUUACCACAGUGACAUCAAGCUCAUCUUCAGUAGUUACUCAUAUUUCCAUACAUUCUUCUAGUGCAAGACAUAAUGUAAUUUUACAGAGCAGACAUCAUAAGCAAAGCAAGGGUGAUACAAGUUGUCAAGAAUUCAGUUUGCUCAUUCAUAUACAACACACUCACUCUAGGACUGAGAAUAUUUUGACUGAUUAGUAUACAGUUAGUUCAGCUGAAGGCAGCAGUUGUUAUUGGUAGCUGAUGU